UGUUUUACUCGUUCAAGGAUCCUUUCACCCUAAACUCCUCCUUUCAGAGCGGCUACUCAGCUGUACCAGUCUGUUGUGAUUGGUCUACAGCUGACAGCACGUACUGGAAAGGAACGCCCACCACCAUAUCCGAGUUAACCAUAGCCGCGAUAAUGUAAUUUUACCUUACCAAUUUGAGCCCAAGUCCAAUAAUGAUGCAUCGGAAGAUAAACCCGAACCACCAUCGCAAGCGUGACGAGAACAGGGCAUUUCUCAGGGCUUCAAGAGGCUUCCUGUAAGAAGAAAUUAAUCGGCCGCAGUAUUCAGGUGUGAUUUUGGCCCAUUCUUUUAAACAUAUUGUCUUUAAAUUUUGUUAAAUUGGAUUCAUGUGAGGUGAUUGACUGGGCCAUUCUAACACCUUGAUUCUUUUUUCUGAAACCAAUUGAGAGUUUCCUUUGCUGUAUGCUUUGGAUCGUUGUCCUGCUGGAAGGUCUACCCAUGUCUCAUCUUCAUCAUCCUGGUGGAUGGCAGCAGAUUCUUCUCAAGAAUCUCCCGAGACUGAAGGAGCUUAAGCAAAGAGAAUUUGCACGCAAUGUCUCAUCUAAGAGCUGGAAGGAUGAAAGGAAGCAAGAGAAAGCACUGAAACGCCUCCAUCAAAUUGCCCUACUCAAGCAGCAAAGGGAUGGUGACAAGGCAAAGAAGUCAAAGUUAACAGCUGCAGCCCGAGACCAGCAGCAAGAGAAAAUAAAAGUAAAUACCAGUGACAAACCAGGAUCCAAGAACAUCCUAUGCCAAGGUCAGAAUUGCAGCUCUCCCUCCCCAGACUCAACCACCAGAAUCCCUCCAUCUGCACCAGCGCUUACAAAUCAGUGCUCUCUUCGGGUUAAGUGUUCCUCACUGAUGGCUCAGACCCCAAAAGGUCACCAACAUGCUAAGGCAGGAAUCUCAUUCUGUUUCGCCAAACGGGCUCACCUGAAGCUGGACUCCUGUGCAUCAGUGUUCACUGAUGGCUUGGAUGAAACAAGUGACCACCAGGAAGUCCAGAGACAGCAGCAGAAGCUGGCCUUGCAAGCUCUCUUGUCCCGAUCUCCCUCCCCCAAACAGGAUGACCACCAUGUCCCUCUGGAUCCAAUGCCACUGAACGCCUCCCCACAGAGGGAUCGACAAACAGAUCAGCCCAAUCAGGAAGGUAGUCUGGAGAUGCAGGUGAUGUACUGCACCAUUGAGCCACAAAGUUGUCCUGAUACAAAUGGUCCAGAAGUUGGUAGACAGCCAGCCAGUUCAAAAGAUAGGACAGCUAAUAAUGCCCAGAAAUCCAGGCAAGAAAGGGCCUAUGAGGGAUUGAUGGAGAGCAGCAGCCUGAAGAACCCAAGUCCUACUGCUCACAUAGAUGUACAUAACAAUAUGGCUCAACUUAAUGCACAAUACUCAAAACAAGACUUACAAGGAAAAAGCAAACAGGGUAUUUUGAUGACUGAAAACUGUUUAGCUGUGAGUGAACUAAGCAGCAAAACUUUCUUAAAUGUCCUUGGAAAAGAUGGGACUAAGCUAAAAUGGCCUUGUGAGCUUGUGCAAUACACCUCCGAUGAACCCCGUGUGUCCUACAGCUGCAAUCCACUCUUUUUGAAUUUCAAAUGCAUAGAAGGCAAAGAGAAAAGCACAGGAACAGAGAAGACAGAUGUGUGCACCAUCUCAGAUCAACCCAACCGAACCGAGGAGGAGACCCCAAAUAUGACUAAAGAUAACUUAGGCAUUAUAAAACCAAAGAAACACAAACAUCAGCGGAGAGGAAGAAUUCAUAUGUGUAAAAUAGAUGCUGUUAGGAGACACCGAGUGGCCUGUACACUCAGCAAUUUUUCCCAGUCACCUGCUGAAGGACAAUUUGAAUUCAACAGCACCCCGGCCAGCAAGCUGCGUAUCAAGCAAAACUGCACUGAGAAGAGUCACAAACUCAGGAACAGAAAGAGAUCACAGGAUAAAACACAAAAACUAAACCUAAAAAGUAUAAUUGUAAAUGCUUUUUCUGCCCCACAACGCCGAAGAAGGAAGCGUCAGAGGUUGCCUUCUGCUCUCCGGCUAGCGAAACGCAAGACUCUUUGGCAUGCUUCCAUACAGUCUCCAGUUGGGAACGGGGAUAAUUACCAGUGGUGUGGCAACCUCUACAAAUCUAAACAGGAUGCUAAUGUGACCCCACUCAAGAACAGCUCAUGGGGUGUCUUGUCAGAAUUGAAAUCUGAUGGGGAAUGGCCUUCUUGCCAAUGGGAAAGACAUUGUACUUCUCCUGCAUCAGCAUCCUCCUAUCAUAGGAGGAGAGGAUAUAGCCAGCCUUGCUCUUACAUCAGAAAAUCUAGUUACAGCUACCCAUGCAAUGGGUACAGGCACAUGUCAGACAGUCCAGACAAAUAUACUGAACCCAGAGAGGAAUACUGUGAUUACAGAGACUCAGAACUCUACAAGGAGAGGAACUGCUAUGGGGUUUGUGACAGACGCUGUAUUAUAAAGCAGAGAUAUGGUAUAAGAAAGAAUAAAAGGCACCUAAGGGAGAACAGAAAUAGAGAUUGCCAUAACUCUACCACAAAAAGAAUUUGUUUUUAUAGAGUCUAUGAGGAUGGUGAUGAUCCACAUGACACUGAGCAAAACUGGUGGUGUGAGAGACCAAGCCCUGAUUUUCGGAGGCAUAAACGAAGAAACAGGUUCUGGUUAAGAUCGGUGGUGAAUCAUGAGAGGGGGAAUGAGCAGUCCAGUCCUACGUUCAGACAUAGUCCUGCUUCCUCUACUAUUACCAGCAUUUCAAACAUUAGUGAAGACUGCAGUUCUUAUAUUAAGCAAUCCUAUUCUGGGCAAAAUGACUUAAAAUGCCCAGCAGAGAGAUCUGCCAAGACCAAGCAUCCUCAUUCAAGAGAACACACACCAAGAGAAAAGAGUCCAUCACCAACAUCAACAUCUAUUAAUGGAUCAGAUGCAGUGCAAUCAGACACCCAAUCUUGUAUUUCUGAUUUCAGAGGAAAGCUGGAACCUGUCGCACAAAUCUCCAAAUCCAGUGAUUUGACAAAGCAGCACACAUCAACUGAUAAAAAAGUGCCAAAUAGCAGAAUAUGUAAUCUUUCGCUCCCCUUGAUUGGCAAACUCCCCUCAAUAAAGAAAGGAAUAAGACAGGCAGGAAUGCACAAAGAGAAGGGUAGCAGUAGCAGUUGUGGUAACCAAGUAAAAACAUUUCUAAAUGAUCAGUCAAAACCUGAAAGCCAAGCAGUAUUUGAAACUGUAAAUAUAGCCACACAAAAUUCAACCGUGUUGCAAGCUUGUCCAUCUUUAAUUGAUCAGAGAACUGCAGAACCUUGUGCAAGCUCAGAAACACAGAAAGAUAGCUCCAUGACUCAUGAAAACAUCAUCAGAGUUCUGGAAAAGACGUCAGACAAAACAUCAGAUAAUCUGCCACAGAGUUGCUCGAUCCCUCCCUUAACAGAGAAACCUAUAACAUUCACAGAGGAAGAGAUUGACAAGUACAGACUUCUUCAACUUCAGGCCCAGCAGCAUAUGCAGCAGAAACAUCUCCAAGAGCAACAUGAUAUGCCAAGAAAUUCAUUUGUUCCUCAAAUGAACCAACCACCUAUUCCUGGUCCUGAGCCUUCAAAUCAGACUGUUCCAGCUCCCUGUCUCUCAUACACUAUACAUCAGCAUGGGGUACUAUCAGCUUUCUCUUCCUUCAUCUCCUGUCCUUCAGCCUGUUUGGCAUCCCGUAGUUCCCCAUCUGCCCACCCUCCUCUCCAUCCCACACUUCCACAGCCCCACUUCACCCCUCUUCCAUUUCAAACUGUGUUCUAUCAAGCUUCUCCUACAGUAAUGCUGGCAACUCACCCUCUCCACCUUAUUUCAACAACCCCCCUCCACCAUGCACAUACCCAUUCUCACAUUGCUGGCCUAACGCUUCACCCCCCAGCACAUGACUCAUUGCUCCCCUCUGUGCUUACCCCAGCAGCCAUGGUAGCUGGCAGGAGUCUGCGAAUGCACCCUACACCACAGCCUCUGUUCCCUCAUCAAGAUCUUCAGCACCACUCUGGCAUUGCUAGCUAGGCUUGGUGAAGAAAAGAACAAAAACAACAUCUGAAAGGGAAAGAAGUUAUAAAGUGACAAAAUAGUGAAAGUAAUGGGUCUAUUCUUGAUUCUCAUAAGUGCUAUUGGACCAUGUUCUAUUGAUGUCUGUUUUUGACUUGGCCAAAGGUUUUAGUGUCUUGCUUUUCUCCUCAUUUAUUUCAUACUAUGAUUGUUUGAAUGUGUGUCAAUAUUUAUGUAAAUGGCAGUGCAGUUAAGCGUUGUCCUCCUUCAAAAGGCUUAUCCUCCAUAACUGUAACUACCUUAAGUUCAAAUUAUGGGAAAAUGUUUUUACCUGGCUUUAUCUGAAAUAGACCUUUUGGUCUAAAAGUAAUUUGACUUAAGUCCCUUUCUAUUAGUGCACUGCAAACUUUAUUUGCAUGUCAUACUGCAGGAUAGAUUUUUUUUUUUUUUUUUUAUCUACGUCUGCACAUCAGAGGAGAUGUCAGAGUGCCAAAACAAAUGUAUAGAUUUGGCCAUGUAUGGAAAUGAAAGGAGUGAUAUACAGUAUAUGGAAGUCUAAGCUGCAAAUGAUUUGUUGUGUCCUAAGACUAAAGCAUAUUUUAUUCUAUAUUCCAGUACAGUUAAGUGAGGUGAAAGACUGACUUAAUAGACUAUUAUACAGAGUUGUAAUAAUGCAAUAAUACAGUUUUCAAUCUAUUCAAAGGUCUAAAACCUAUAAUAGUAUUUAUGUACUGUACUUUCUAAUGUAAAAUACAUAUAAAAAAAUACAUUUUAACAACACAAGGUAUGUACAACCUGCAGUUGUCUGAAUUAUAUAUGUUCCAGAGACUUUGUAUUUACUCUUAUUUUGUAGAGCCAAACAAUUUGUGACCUGUAAGAUAAUGUCAUAAUAAUAAAUUUAACAUAAUCUUGUAAAAUCUGUAUCUUGUCAUUGCUGCUGUUUGAUCAAAAGUAGGACACAAUUAUUGUAUCACAUGAUUUCCAGUGUACACCUUAAUA